AUGCGUUCGCCUGCUUUUCCUGAUAUCCCAAUUUAUCUGGAUACCGGCGAUGAACGCAUGACAGCGAAGACAUAUGGCACAACACCUACGACCCCAACUACACCAGACAUCAUUCCUCCUCAACGCCCGACACACCUGAGCCCGUCACAUAUCAAUGCGCCACCCAUCAGCCCGGCCGAGCCGAGUCCUACAACCACUAUCGAGACUUCUAGUUGUCGGUCAAUAAUCUGGCCAAUUCCUGAGCCACCACCCGAGAUUCAGCAGCAACAAGACUCACGUCGACCAACCCUUCGCUUCUUUCCUACACAACGCCCAAGAGUCCGCCUCGACAAUGUUCACUCGCUCCAGAUUCCACCACUUGACGAGAAGACACCCAUCAGCGGUCUUCACCCGGGGCUUGGUAUCAUGAACGGGCCACCAAAGCCACCUUCUAUUGAGAUAUCAGCACCAAAAGAAGAGGAUAUUGAAGAGGUCCCCAAUAUCGCCGAACGCAUCGAGAAGCGACUAUACCAAUACAGCAUCUCUGGUAACAUCAUCAAGAGAUGGCUAUUCGAACUCAUCAGCUGGGCUUUUAGCGCUCUCUGUAUGGCCGCCGUCAUCGGUGUCCUUAUCUCUUACAAGGAUGACAAGCUCUCCAAUUGGUCCUUGGCCGACAAGACUGGCUUGACUCUCAACGCGUACAUCUCAAUUCUUUCGAAAAUGGCCGGUGCAGCCCUGAUCCUUCCAGUAUCCGAAGCUCUUGGUCAAUUGAAGUGGAGCUGGUUCCAGCAGAACUCCAAACAAAUGUGGGACUUCGAAAUCUUCGACAAUGCCUCUCGAGGACCGUGGGGCUCUCUUCUCUUGCUCAUGCGUACUAAAGGCAAGGCACUCGCAGCACUUGGAGCUAUGAUAACGCUAUGCAUGAUGGCUCUGGACCCCUUCUUCCAACAAGUCGUUAGCUUCCCCGACCGUUGGGCUUUGGAAAAAGAGCUUACAAGCAAGAUACCAAAGACUGUGAGGUAUGACCCUGGCGUCGGCAUAGAAUACCUAAACGGCGUCGAAAACAUGUCGAAUGACCCCGAUCUAUAUCAUCUCACGGAGAAGUUCGCGUACAGCAACGGGACGCAGCCUGUCCCUUAUGCGAACGGCACCAGGCCUGAUAUCCCGCUGUGUGCGGAUGUAUCUAGUCACCUCACCUACGCCUGCCUCGAAACUACGGUAGACUGGACCCACGAGCUGCAUGGAAUAUUCAACCUGCAGGAGCCUUACCCAAACGCAACCAUGUGCGGCUACUUCCUUAACGCCACGAGCGAUACACCAACAAUGAUGUCAGGUUAUCUUUUCAACCCAAACGACUCCACCAAGGGCGAGGCGCUUCUCACUCGCAUCCUACCCUUAACAACACUCGACACACGCGAACCUCUGUACGGAAAUGGUUCCAUCAUGUUCAAGCACUUACGCAACACGCUUGCGGAUGUGCUGAUAGUAUCAGCCGACGGAGGAACUCCGGAUACGGUGUACCAGAAUCGACGACCGCUUGCACAGGAGUGUGCUCUGUCAUGGUGCGUGAAGACUAUCAAUUCUUCGUACGACAUGGGUCAAUACAGCGAAGAGGUCGUUGCGACAUAUCUCAACACUUCCUCAGGGUCUUUUCCGUUCGAGCAAUUCCCCGCGCAAGACGAAUUUGGCAACUACACCGACGUCUUCUACAUGCAAGAUAUCAACAUAGACAACGGCACGACUCCCGAUGGACACAAGAUCUCUGGAUACGGAACUUCGAAUCGUACCACUUCCUACAUCAUGACAGGGUUUGCCGACAUCUUCCCAUCGUACACCACGGUAGUCGAUGAGUCUGCUGUGCCAAUCUUGCGAUACAAGACUUGGAGAACUGGGCCGGCUUGGAACAGGAUGCUCGAUUACAACCCCUGGCUUCAGCCGAAUGUGUCAAAGCACAUGGACAGGUUCGCAACCGCGAUGACGAACGUAAUUCGGUCCGCCCCGAGCAAGGAGAUGGUUUCUGGAGAGGCGUUCAGCAGAGAGGCCUACGUUUCAGUUCGCUGGGAAUGGCUUACACUGCCUAUUGGCCUCUUGUUCAUGAGUUUCAUCUUUCUUUCUGCUACAAUUUUCAAAUCUGCCCUGGAGAAAGAGCAACUUGGCGUUUUGAAGAACUCCGCAAUUCUGACUCUGUUAUACGGCGUACCCGACAACAUGAGGACACAACUCACUAGAUCCUCGAGUAGGGGAACACCACGUGCCAAAGCCAAAGAGCUGAAGGUCAAGUUGAACCCCAACAUGGGUUGGAGAGUAUCAGGAAACCUCUUCUCUCCUCUCACUCCAAGGCCGCCACAACCUCCACCGGGCUGGAUUUGA